GCUCAGGGGUUUACGUUCAGAAUGCCUUGCCUUGUGAUAGUGCGAUCGUGAAGUACGACAAGGAGAGUCCCAGGACCGAUCCCCGAGCGCCACAUCAUCUGGUUCGGCUGGAAGCUCGUCCUUGUCCUCUCCGUCGCACUCUGCGUCGUUGCUUUCCUCCUCCAUUUUUCGGCCGAUGUCGCCUCUCCGAACUCCUUAUCUCGGGCUUGGACGAGAUCUUGGGUUUCCUUAAAUAGCUACGACGGGAAUCCCAAGAUCGAGUUCCUCUUCCUCGCCAGUCGGGACACCUACCUCUUGAUUUUCUCUGGAGCACCUUCUUUGAGAAUGCUGAUGCUGAUAAUUUCUCUAUUAAAUAUAUUCUACGAGCCUGGAUUUGUCUUUGAUGAAUUGAAUUCGGCCUCGCCAUUCUUUCAUGGUCGCCAAUUGAGUAAUAGCAUUAAGGUGAGAUGGGGAGAAUCAAGAAUGAUAGAAGUGGAGAGGUUGUUGCUUGCAGUUGCUCGAGAAGAUCCGGUGAAUCAAAGAUUUAUCAUGCUUUCUGACUGGUUUGUAAAGCUUGGACAAGGAUUGUUGUGUUCCUCUUUACAGUUUUAGCUAAAUAUACAAGUAUCUGAUGGCUUCUCCAAGGAGUUACGUGGACAGCUUUCUUGAUGUGAAGGAUAGUAGAUAAAGCUCGAAGAUGUCACCUUUCAUCCCAAAAGACGAGUGGCGAAAAGGAUCUUAGGUUAUCUAUUUUCUAUUACAGUUAACAUUAAAUUAAUAUGGUUGGCAUCCGGCCCUUUGGGCCAAGUGGUUUCCGAGCACCUGAUGCAUUCUCCCGU